ACAAGCUCUGACGUGCUUUUUAAGAUAUAAUGGCAACGUGCUCUUAAUAGCAGGGAGGAGAUUGUUCAUCAGAGUGGCGAAAGGGCUGGGAGACAAGUCCUGUUACAGUCCUAACAAAGUGUAAAGCUGUCAGCUGCACGGAGAAAGAGAGGAAGGGUGAGGGAGAGAAAUCUGUUUUUGCUUCAAAUUGUAAAUCUACAGUGAUUGUGAUAUUAUGAAUCUUAGGAGCCUUGAAGUGUGAGUGAAGGUAUUGAAAAGUCAAACAGCUGGGAGUGAACAGUACUCUCCUUGCAAGGCAAAUUCCUGAUGAAAUUGGUAAGAGAUUGACUGAGGAAAGAUUUCAGGAUUUCCUAAGGGUACGUCUUCACUUACCGGAGGGUCCGGCGGCAGGCAAUCGAUGUUCUGGGAUCCCGAUAAAUCGAUCCCGGAUCGAUCCCGGAAGUCGACGCCGGUACUCCAGCUUGGCGAGAGGAGUACGCGGCAUCGACGGGGGAGCCUUCGUGCAGCGUCUGGACCCGCGGUUGACUGGACCAGAGUAAGAUAUUAAUGAACGGAUGGACUCUGCUGGUAAGAUCGGCCAUCACACCAUGACAGCUGACAUGUCAGAAGCUGGGGGAUUGUCUCUGGAACCUCUAGUCACUUGCAAGCUAUGUCUCUGUGAACAUUCUCUUGAUAAGAUGACUACUCUUCAAGAAUGCAGCUGCAUCUUCUGUACAGUGUGCCUAAAGCAGUAUAUGCAGCUGGCAAUUCGAGAAGGCUGUGGUUCUCCCAUCACUUGUCCAGACAUGGUGUGCUUGAACCAUGGGACCCUACAAGAAGCAGAGAUUGCCUCUUUGGUACCUGUUGAUCAGUUUCAGUUAUACCAGCGACUGAAAUUUGAACGAGAAGUCCACUUGGACCCAUGCAGAACGUGGUGCCCUGCUGCUGACUGCCAGACCAUGUGCCAUGUUGAACUGAGUGACUCAGGACAACCAGUGCCUGUGGAAUGCCCAGCUUGUCAUCUGAAAUUCUGUUCAUCCUGCAAAGAAGUAUGGCACCCAGAGCGCUUGUGCCAGGAAAACCAACCCAUUGUAAUACCAACUGAGCAGGGAGCACUUACCAGGACUGACACAGAGGCUCCAAUUAAACAGUGCCCAGUGUGCCGGAUCUAUAUUGAACGAAAUGAAGGCUGCGCUCAAAUGAUGUGUAAGAACUGCAAGCAUACAUUUUGCUGGUACUGCCUACAGAACUUGGAUAAUGAUAUCUUCUUAAGACAUUAUGACAAAGGCCCCUGCAGAAACAAACUGGGCCAUUCUCGAGCCUCGGUUAUGUGGAACAGAACACAGGUUGUGGGGAUCCUGGUGGGAUUGGGUAUCAUAGCGCUGGUGACUUCUCCCUUACUGCUUGUGGCAUCUCCAUGCAUCAUCUGCUGUGUCUGCAAAUCCUGCAGGGGCAAAAAGAAAAAGCAUGACCCACCGACAACCUAAAACUCUGUGUCUGUUUCUGCCUCUGUCUAUACAGUAGAUGUACGUGAGAAAGCACACAGAUUGGGUUUUGGUGUCAUACCUACCAAAUAAUUCUCCCUCUACUUGCCAACUCUGAGGAUAAGUGCCUAUUGUUUUCAGGCCACUAUAUUGCUUGCAAGUCACAGUUCAGGAAAUGACUGAGGUAUUGUAGUGUGUAUAUAUAAUUAAAAAGGUCACUGUCAAGUAAUUCAGCCACAAAUAUGAUCCACCUUUAAAACUGUUAGAAUCUUGUAGAGAGAGGGAUCUUCCAGAACCUGAACAUGUAUUUAUCCUGCAAUAUUGUUCUUCUGCUUCUGCAGAACCAGUCAUGCAGCCAGUGGAGGGAGUACAGGUAAAUGAACAAGCCCACUUCUUAGUACUCUGCUGAUUAUAAAGUAAAAGAAGAAGAAGAAGAAGCAUGUUGCUGUUAUCUGCUGGCUUGUGACCUAUUAAAAAUAACAAAUAUAUAUUUACAUAUAUUUGAUAAUUUCCCUUCAACCAGACGCCACAGCAUUUUGUGUUGAAGGGGUAAGGUGGGGGAGGGGAAUACUAGAGAAAUAAUUAAGAGGAUAUUUACCAAGAAUGGAUUCUGGUAAUUAUCAUUUUGUAACUAUACCAUUGUGUUGAAUUGUAUGGAUUGUACUUCAGUGAACACACGCACAGUCACUUAUACCACACUAGUGAUUUUUGGUGUAUGACACCAUUACCAAUGAUCUACAACACACUAUAAACUAUCUUUAAAUUAUAUUAUUUAGGUGUAUUACCUAACAACUGUGAAAAUACCAUGUGCAUCUCACAGUCGGCACAAAUAUAAUACCAGAUGGUAUAGCUAUUGCAAACUCUGAUCUUAAUUGGAUAUUCAUUACUAUGAAAAACAGGGCCAAACUAGCUGCUGUUGAUGUCAGUGGUAUUUUUACUAUUGAUCUCAGUGGGAGCAGUAGCAACCAAUAAAAUAUUCUUUCCUAUAAAAAAAAUCUCAUUUGCCAAUGCCUCAGUGGAAAUCACUGUCGUGUAUAUGCUGUGUUAAAAGGUGAUGUUACAAGUCAACCAUGGCACAUCUUUCUUGAAAUGUUAGGUUUUUAUACGUGGCUGCUACAUUCUUGGGUUGACCGCUCUACCUACUUGUGGCUCCAUUUCCCUCUGCCUUUUGUGAGUACCGUGGAUGUUGUAAACUCGUGGAAACAAAUCUAAUGUUUUAGUGAAGGCCAUGCUACAUCUCCCAUAGAAUAUCCAGUAAACCAUAUAAAACGCAUGUGGGUAUAUGUAUGGUGUGUGUAUGUAUGUAUCCAUACAAAGUACAUAAUAUUUAAUAUAUUUUGUGUAUAUAUACUUUAUGUCUCUAAACGGCUGUCAUUUAAUGCUCUAGUUUAAUUUGGUUCUUCACUGCAAGCAUGAUUCAGAUUCUGAUCUCAACUAUGCCAAUGUAAAUUCAGAAUAACUCUUCUGAAGCUAAUGGACUUCACUCUGGAUUUGCAUGGGAAUAACUGAGAUCAAAUUUUGAUCCAUGGUGUUUAUACUACCAUUAGUUGGUGCUUACUUGUGUUCUGGGCUCCUGUUUGUGCAUUUGAUAUUUGUGGGAAUUUACAUGAGUUUUCUCUACAAUCAGUAGUAAUUCCAACCCCAGUUGGCAAGGGCUGGAAGGAGAAUGAAAUGUGGUGCAAAGUCAGAAAAAGAUAUCUAGCCUACCCUCCCUUCCAGGCUACAAAGAGAAAACUAAAGUGAACAUCAAUUUUAUUUUGUUUGGCUAAGCCUCAGGAACUUUGCCUUCUUGGCAGCUGUAAAUGUGACCUUUUCGUUCAACUUCUCUCUCUGGCUGCUGAAACAGUAGUAAACAUCUUAUUUUAAGGAAGCAUAGUCUGCAGAGCAGACUAACAGGGACAAAGACCUUAAAUAAUAGUGUCUGCUUCUCUUUGAACAAAAUUAAUGUUGAAUGAAUUUGCUACCAGUAAUGACUGGAAGGUAGACAGUGUACUAGUCUGAAAGACUGUAUUUCUUCUCCAUCCAGAGCUUCUAAGUGAAGCAGGAAGGUGGUCAGUACAUUCUAAAUAUAGAGUACAAUGCAGUCCAAUGUGGUUUAUGAUAAGCUGAGAGUAUUUUAUGUAUGUGUUUUCUUUAGGAGCGGUAAUGGUCGUGUUGGGGGUUACUCAUGACAAAUUAAAAUGUUCGGCCUUUGGCCUUGCACUAUUUUUCUACCUACACUUUUACAGCACCACUAUCAUUUCCAGUUUAUCCGUGAUCUUCCAGUAGAGAAACUCACUUGAACAAACUCCCAAGGACAAAUUGCUGUAAAGUCUUUUUAAUCAGUGCUAUGAUAUUCAAUAUCCCUCACCUAUUAAACCUCAUGGUGUUUUUCAUAUUUUGUAUGUAUUCACUCUGUCCAAACAACUGUCCACUCAGUGGGAUUGGUACAAUUCUUCCCCUCUUGUUAUGCUGGAAGUCAGUGUUGCCUAACAAAUGAGGAAGUUCCUUUCUUAAUUACAAAAGUUUUGUCAUUAACGCUGCAGUUACAAACCAGAGGCUAAAUUCUGCUCUCAGUUAUACAGUAACUGAGGGCAGAAUUUUGCCCAAUGUACAUUGAUGGCUAUAAUGUAAUUGCAUUCCUCAAUUAUGUUAACAGAAUGCAAAUUCUGUCCCUUUUCAGUGUUAUAGAAUUAUCUAAAUUUAAUGUGAAUCUCUGGUUAUUUAACAAACAUCAGAUUUUUAUAAAAUGGUUCAGAAUCUGAAGUUUGAUUUCCUUAUGAUGCAAAUUCAGAAUACUAGUUUUGUUAAUUUAAAUAAACACACACACGUGCCACAGCACUGAAAAAACAGAUGAUAGACUAUCCUUUUACUUUGGGUCUAUUAAUUUAGAAUCAAGGUAGUUUAUUUCUGAAGCAAUAUUUUACACAGUACUCUAAUUACUCUAGAACAGCAUUUUCAAACUUAAAACUAUGAACCUUACCAGCCUGGUUUCCCUUAAAAAGGGGGUGUGUGCUGCAUCAACCCAUCUUGGUUUUUGAAAGCAGUUUAUCUGAGGCUGUGGAACAACCUAAGCACUGAUUCUGCCAGCUGUUAGCCCAUGUGCUAACUUUGUGGGAGUAAAGUUACAUAAAUGCUUAAGUACUGGUAGCAUUGGGGCUCUUUUGGUUGAUGUAGCUGUUGCUUAGUUAUUCUGCACACUGGCCAGAUAAUCAAGCAGUCACAGUGAAUCUGUUCUGGGAUUCCAAAGAAAUAACUUUAGGCAGAUUUUUAAAGUGUUUGUUUAUGAAUAAGCAUACACUAAAUGGCAAAUACAGCAAGUUAUAUAAGCAAGAUAGUAGUGCCAAAAGUCCAAAGGGUCCUGGGACACAGGGUACAUAUGACUUCUUUAAGUAAUGCCACCGUGAAUCUCGUACAACCUCUUACAACUCCAAAAACUCUCAAUGAGUGUUGGAUGCCAGAACCAGAUUUGAUUCAUACUGUGCCAGAAUUUACUUCUCCUAUUAUUGUCAAUCUACAGUUUUUCCCCAGUGCUUUUGAUCUUGUAGUGACUAACAUGAAGGCUAGCAUAUUCAGAGGCAUUAUGGAUUAGAAGACUGAGCCUGGGAUUUAUGGGAUGAGCUUUUCUACAUUCAAAUCUCAACUCUAACACUGACUUGCUUUGUGGCCUUGGGAAAAUCAGUGUAGUUUACAGUGUAAUUUCACUUAAAAUUACUUGUCAAUUCUGAGAACAUAGGCCCUGGAGCCUUGUUUUCAAAGGUGCCAACCAUGGAGUUGGGUUUAAAUUUUGGUUGCUCAGCAUCUCUGAAAUUAGGCUCUAGAUGUCUGAAGAGUGGCACCUAAAAUUAGAGGCCACUUUCAGAGAAUUGGCUCUUAACUUCAAUGGGCCAAAUCUUCAGCUCAUGUAAAUUUUCAUAGUUCCACUGCAGUCAAUCGAGCUAUGCCAAAUACCUCAGAUGAGAAUCUGCCCCUGUGUCUCUUAGGUCCCAAUUAUUAUAAAAUAAGGAUAAUGCCUGCUUACAAUGAGCACCGUUAAAUGGUAAAUAUUUACCAUGUUUAUGGUAUAAAUGCUUCUCUGCAGUAUCUAUUUUAACUUUAGAAGAUACAUAGUCAAUGCUGCAGUAACUGAUUAUUUUUAAUGGUGCAUGUUUUAUUUACCUCACAGAAGGGGAUGAGGAUUAACAGUAGUUAGUUAGUACAGUGCUUUGAGGACGUUAAGUGCUAUGUACUGCUAUUUGUCCAGUAACAUAACAUAAAAUAAGAAGUCCAAAGAAAAUCUAAAGUGUACAUAAUGUUUACAUGAUUAAAUUAAAAUGAAUGUUCAACCAUAUUUUCUUAUUGUAUGUGAAAAUAUGUAAAUUAGCAAAGAUCAGUUUCACCUCUCAGUUGUCACAAAGAGGUGGUGAUAAUAUGAACAUUUGGCUGACGUAUUUGGGUAUCAGUGGGUGACUGCAUGGUAGUGUCCUUCCUUUUCAGUUGCUCUUAUCUUUCUCAGAUUUCUUUUUCAUGUUUUUCACACUUUGAGGCCAGAUAUUUUAGAACAAUAUAAGUGGAGCUGUUUAGCUACAUGAGGAUGAAAACCCCCAGCAUGUUAUCGAUUAAUCACGAUAAAUUUUUUAAAUCGCGAUUAAUUUUUUUGGCGUUAAUUGCGUGAGUUAACUGUGAUUAAUCAUCAGCCCUAGUUUUGUUGUAUUCCCCAAAGUCGGUGUGCAGCAAGCCAACAUCACUGACUUCAAUAGUUAGACAAAUUUACUUUCUUAUCAAUAACUUUUUUGCCAGCCACAAAAUCUGACUAUUCAUGAUACAGCUGGCUCAUGCAGUGCCAGCAGCUUUUAAGCAGAACUUUGAGUAGAUUUCAAUAGGGAGUUCUGCUUAAAAACCAAUGGCAUCAUUUAACUCUCUCGGCCCCUUCCAUAAGAAAUGAGAGAGCCAAAGUUCACAGCAAAGUAUCUUAUCCCUUCACUUUGAAUUCUACUGAUGGCUACUGGCCCAUUUGCUUAAAAAAACCCAACAGAUUCAAUUAUUUGAAAUGUGAAUAGUUGUUUAAGCAUGCUAUAUUUUUAAAUGAACAAAUUAGAAAGAAAAAAGUAUACAAAGCAGUUAUUAGCAUUGCAAAUACCAUGCAUGACAUUUAUACUGUGAGAACUGUUAUUGAGAUGCCCCAUAGUAUUAGGUAUCUUUUUUUUUUAAAUAAAGAUUUUAUUUUAAAUGUGUAAUUAAAUUAAACAUACAAAUAAAAAAAGGGUGUAGCUCUACCAGUAAUGUGAAUUGACACCAGUCAUGUGUCCCAGUCCUGCAAUGAUUUAUGCAUGUAAUUAACUUUAGACAAUGUGAAUAGUAUCAUUGACUUUGACGGGGCUGUUCACAAUGCAUAAAGCUAAUUCUGCAAAACUCUUUGCAGGAUUGAGGUCUCAUAUAUUGGGACAUAAGGCACAACACUUUAUUUUCAUAUCCAUCGUCAUGUAAAUUAAAACAUCUUAAAAAUCUGUUGGAUAAGGGUAGGAAAUGGGGCACUGAAUUAUUGUAUCUGAUAACUAGUAUGUUAAAGAGGAGUAGUUUCUGAAAUUAGGGGUAAAAUUCAGCCCUUUGCAGAGGGCCAACAGUAGCCCACCCACUACUUAAGUCCACUGAAGUCUUAGCCUUUUGAUGGCCUUCUGCCUAGGGCUGAAUUUCACCGAAGAUGACUAGAUAUUGUUUCUUUGGUACCUGUUUGAAGUUGUAUUUUGUUUUUGUUUUUCUAAUUAAUACACUUUCUUCACCAUCCUUAACCUGGUGAAGGGCGAAAGGCUUUGAUCUUUGUAAGAUUCACUAAACUAUUUUUAUGUUUAAAAGAAGGUCCACGUGUAUAAAGAAAUUAUAAAUGCUUUUGUAAAUUUUGUUUAUGAUUCAGCAUUUAAACGUUUUACAAAUGCAAUUUGCUGCACUCUGUGCAUAUAUUCAUACAGUCUGUAUUUAUUUUCUGCCUCUGAGGCUUACUUCUUUGUUUCCCCACCUCCUUCUAAUGUCAUAAAAUGCAACAUUAAAAAUGUAAUGUACAGACA